GACAAGCAUUUCAAGGAAUCACGGACACUAAUCCUGACAAUUAUGCUAUUGAAAUUGGUCCAUAUCAUGAAACCUUCACCGAACUAGGUGUAGAUAUUGCCUGCCCUGGCACUAAGCCUUUUAAAGGAAGUCAUUCAAGAGAUAUUACUCUUAUGUACGGUCAAACACUUUAUGUAAAGCAUAAUGAGCAAAUUAUCGAUCAGGGAGUU